UUUGCAAGGAACAGGAACAUUCAUACGCACGCUCACUUUAUUAAGUUGAUCAAGUAACCAAAUGGUAGUGGUUGGUAAUGUAUUGGAAUUAGCAAGGAAUUUAGCAACUAACUAACUAUAUGUCUAGUAAGUGUAGUGCAAACAAGGGUAACGUUGCCUUGUUUCUAUAUAAUGUGCACCAAUUCAAAACUUUUUUAAUAUGAAAUUCAGAUCAUAUCCUUAAGCAUCGAUAAUGGCAUUCAGUGUCAGUGUUAGACGUUGGAUUUUAACCUUUGCUCUCCUUUAUGUGUGUCUAUUUGGGAAAAACUUUGGAAAUGCUGAUGAUGAUGGGUCCGAGGCCCAAAAUGGUGGUGGGUUUGGUGGUGCUGGGGCUGGGUUCGGUGGCGCUGGUGGUGGGUUCGGUGGUGCUGGGGGUGGAGUUGGCGGUGGUGCUAGGGGUGGUGGUGGGGCUGGAGCCGGUGGCGGUGGCGCUGGUGGCUUUGGAGCCGGUGGUGGUGGUGGUGGGGUUGGUGACCCUUCUCAAAUUAUCUCCAAAGCUUUGCUCUGUUUCAAUGAUAAAUACAUUUAUCAGAGUUGUGAAGAAUCGUGUAGAUUGAACGCUAAUGGAAACUUGAAUGUGCCUUUAGAGAAAACUAAUGAAUUCUGUGAAGGACCAUGUCUGUCAGAGACAAACUUGGUCCUUAGCUGCUUGGAUAACAUUUUCAGCAACUUCUUAUUUUACAACCGAGCAACGAUACAGGACAUCAAAGAAACAAUUGAAGCUGCAUGUGGUUAUGGCCCUGAGAGAGGAGACUUCAACGUAGCUGAGCACAUUCAGACUGAAGAAAGCAAAGCUCCAAAGGCCACUAGCUAUGUUCUAAUGGGACUUCCUUUUAUCAUAAUGUCUUUGAUUUUUAUAUAAUAUUAUAUGAGAAGAAUUAUUUGUGCUUGUCACUUUAAUGUGUUCUUAAUCACUGAUAUACUAGUGUUUUUUGUUUUUUGUCAUACUAAUGCUUA